AUGGCACACCUGCUGGGCAGCCAGGCCUGCAUGGACAGCCUGCGCAAGGACCUCACCGACCUGCAGGGCGCCAUCGUGGAUGUGUUCUCUCGCGCGGGGCCCGUGCGCUUCCCCUCCUGGAAGUUCCCUGACCGUGUGGCCUGUGAUCUCGACAUGGUGGCCCUGCUGGAGCACUAUGACCACGUGCCAGGAGACCCUGAGUUCACGCAGCUGUCCCAUGCUGUGCUGCUGGAGUUGGUCAUCGACAGGCUCCUGCUGCUACUUCAGAGUUGUGCCAGCUACCUGGAAAACCUCAGCUCGGAGCAGACCUUGCCCCCUGCCCGGGCUGCAGGCCCCUGCAUGUCCGUGGGGCUCACAGUGCGGUGCUUCUGGAACAGCUUGCUGAAGCUGGGCUUGCUGUACCAGCAGGUGGCCCCCCAGAAAAGAGCAAACCAAGCAGAAACCCUUACCGCCAAGCCCACAGCCAAGGGAGAGCUAGCAAGGAGGCCCGAGUGCAUGACUGCCCAGUUCAUCACGCCUCCCUACCCAGUGCCAGGCUUGCCCCAGACCUGCCAAGGGCUGCAGAACAGCGCCGUCAGAGUCUCCCUGCAGUGUCCAGCGGGGACCUCAGAGAACACCAAGAGUGUCCACUCCCAGACCAUCGAGACGGCCCUGGUGGCCUGUGAUGCAUGCACCAGCGUCCAGGGCAGCCUGAAGGAGGUGGGCAAGGCAGUCAUCAGCCUGUGUCAGAGCCAGAACUUGCCCUCAUCCUUGGGUCACUUCCAGCAGCUGGUACAGGACAGCAUGGGGCUUAAGCCACUGCCAGCUGCUACCAUGGGCCACUGGGCAGCAGAGCAGAGCAAAGACCUGGCGCGCCUCAGUAAGCAUGUGGGGGCCCUCACUCAGCUUGUGGGGCCCCUCAGAGCCCAGCUGGAGGAGGCCGAGGGGCAGAAGGAUGGACUGAGGAAGCAGGUGGGCAAGCUGGAGCAGGCCCUGCAGCGGGAGCAGGGCGAGAGGCAGCAGCAGGCAGAGGAGGCCGAGCGGAGCCUAGCCAAGUCGGAGCGCGACAGGCGGCACCUUCUUGCAGAAACGUGUGACCUAAAGAAGAAGGUGACGGCCUUGGAAGGGGAACUGAAGCAGCAGCAGGAGUCCAUGCAGGCCUUGGAGGCAAAGGCCCAGCAGCUGCAGGAGGAAGGCGAGCGCAGGGCAGCAGCUGAAAGGCAGGUGCAGCAGCUGGAGGAGCAGGUGCAACUGCUGUCAGGGCGGCUGGACGGGGCUGGCCAGCAGAUCCGCUGGGCCAGCACGGAGCUGGACAAGGAGAAAGCCCGCGUGGACAGCAUGGUCCGUCACCAGGAGUCCCUGCAGGCCAAGCAGCGGGCUCUGCUGCAGCAGCUGGACAGCCUGGACCGGGAGCGCGAAGAGCUGCGGUGUGGUCUGGACGAGGCUGAGGCCCAGCGGGCCCAGGUGGAGGAGCAGCUGCAGCACCUGCAGAGCGAGAAGGAGCAGGAACAGUGCCAGCUCCAGGCCCAGCAGGAGCUGCUGCAGAGCCUGCAGCGGGAGAAGCAGGACCUGGAGCAGGUGAUGACGGACCUGCGGCUGACCACGUCAGAGCUGCACCGGGAGCUGGAGGAGCUGAGGGAGCGGGAGCGACUGCUGGUGGCCUUCCCUGACCUGCACGGGCCCAUGGAGGCCCAGAUCCAAAAGGCAGGCCCGGGAAGGCGGGGUGCCAGAUGUUACGUCCCUGCAGGCUCCAGCAGCGUCACAGACGACAUGGAGAGGCAAGUGCAGGCCAACGCCAUCCGAAUCCGGGUCCUGCAGGAGGAGAAUGGGCGGCUCCAGGCAAUGCUAUCCAAAAUCCAGGAGGUAGCCCAGCAGGGGGGCCUCAAGCUGACCUCGCAGGACCAGCUCUGGGCCCCUCCCAGCAAGGGCACCCAGGUAGCAGCCCCUCCAGCCCAGCCCCAGAGCGCACUCCCAGGGCCCCUCUGCAAGUGGCACUCUUCUGCCAACAAGACUGGCAGCAGGACUGGCAGCGGACGCAGGACCCAGUCAGGCCAGCCCCGAGCAUCCCCGUCUCGGCACCCCGGAAGCUGGCCCGCCCAGUCCUCCCUGGAGGAGGUGACCCAAUCGGCCAUCUGUGCCCAGAACCCCAUCCGAGCCUUGGCCAGGCUGAGGCAGAGACUCUCACCGAGUAGGGGCCAGGCCGGCUCUGCACACCAGCCCCAGGAGCGGCCUCUGUAG